CAAGUUUUAUGUAACCUUCUCGCUUAUAAAUGUUUAAUGUCGCUGUGAUAAAAAAAUUGAAAUAGUGUUUGUUUUUCAUUCCUGUAUGGGGUUGUAAACCCGAAAACUAUGUAGAUCACGCAAGCGCCAAGAGUAGGCUGUCAUCUUUCACCUGUCAAAAUAAGGGGAAAGAGUACUGUACCCUGUGUGGACGCGGAAUACGCGUUCACACAGGGUACAGUUUCUUUCAUAAACACACGACAGAAUCUGCAGUCCUCAAAGUUUUUUGUUUCAAAGUUACUUUUUUUUGUACAUUUGUGUUAUAAUUUAUGUUACUGUCACUCAUGAUCAUGCUGCCAGCUAAAGUGAGCUUUCAACCAAUUUAACAGACUAAUAAAUGGUAACACACCAAAGAAAAAAAGAUUGAAUUUCUAAGAUGGUGAAUUAAAUACAGCAAAACCAUAAGACGGCAAAGUGUUUGAAAGAUCUGAUCAGGAAAAUAUAUUUGGCUUGGUGGAGGUAGCGGAAAGAACAAACUGUAUAAUAUUUAACCACAGUUGUUAAUAUAUAACUCUCAAAGUAAAACCUUGUUUUUUUUUCGUAUUAUAUUUUAUGACUUGCGCAGAACAACAGCGAUAAAUCAAUAAACAACAUUUAAUACGCAUCCAUCACAUUUUCCCAAGUUUACGAGUUGACUGAGAGACAAAUAAUCAAGACAAGUGUUUAAAAUAUUCACUCAUAAACAUGGAUCAGAAUAAUGCGGAUCGUGACACGUCAGAUGACUCCGAUAGCACUGCUAGCGCAGACAGCCUAGAGACAAUUACUGAAAGUGAUUUGAACAAGCUUUCAAAAUCGAAUGAUAAAUCAUAUACUUUUCUGAAAUAUAUUCAAAAACUGGCAAACGAAAUUAAGAGUGCAAAUCCACACAGUAAAAUAAAUAUCUACAAGCCAAAUUUUAAAUACUAUAAUACUUUACUUUUAGAACUGGAAAAAUCUCUUCAAAAAUCAGGCUGUCCGCCCAACGUGCCUAUUUUGGGAAAAAUAAGAACAGGAAUUCGGAGAGGAAAAAUCCGUCAAUCACCUUUCAUGUACAUGAAUUCCAAAGUCGAUGCGAAGAAUGUUGAGAAAAAAGGAAAAAAACGUAGUGUAGUCAAGGGCACUUCUUAUAAAACUUCUGAAGAUACAAAACGGGCAUCAAACUCGAAUAAUUCAAUGCCGGGAAUAAAUGAAGAUAAAGCUGCUAAGUCUUUGCCACAAGACAAAUAUGUUGGAAAAGUUGGAGAAAUUGUAGAUAAACCGGAUGUCGUUAUCGUGGUCAAUGGUGAUGACAAAGAAGAUGAAGCGGAUGAUGAACAAUCACCGCUUAACAACGAAAUUAACCUAAGACCUUGUGAAGAACAAUCGUUCCAGACACCACAAGUAGAUACGUCUGUAAUACCUAUCGAUUGUGGCCAACCAUCUCAAGCAAUAAUUCCAACUCCUCAACAAAAUUUACUUUUACAAGUUGAUCGCAAUGCUAGAGUUGCGCAAAAUGGCAAUAACGACAUACAUUUUCAACAAGGCCGUUGGAUGCAAAGUGGUACGAUUGAAGGUGGUAGGCUUGAAGGCGGUACGAUUGAAGGUGGCCGCAUUGAAGGCGUUACGAUUGAAGGUGGUCGGAUUGAAGGCGGUACAAUUGAAGGUGGUAGGAUUGAAGGCGGUACGAUUGAAGGUGGUAGAAUUCAAGGUGGAAGGAUUCAAGGUGGUAGGAUUCAAGGUGGUAAGAUUGAAGGCCGUAGAAUUGAAGGUGGCAUGAUUCAAGGUGCCAUGAUUGAGGGAGGUAAGAUUGAAGGUAGUAAGAUUGAAGGUGGCAUGAUUGAAGGUGGCAUGAUUAAAGGCGGUAGGCUUGAAGGCGACAGGCUUGAAGGCGGUACAAUUGAAGGUGGCAUGAUUGAAGGCGGCCUGAUUGUAGGUGGUCUGAUUGAAGGUGGACUGAUUGAAGGUGGCAUGAUCGAAGGAGGUAGGAUCGAAGGCGAUAGGCUUGACGGCACUAGGGUUGAAGACGGUAGAAUUCUAGGUGGUACGAUUGAAGGUUUUAGAAUUGAAGAUGGUAGGAUUCAGAACGGUAGGAUUCACAACGGUAGGAUUCAGAGUGGUAGGAUUCAAAGCGAUAGGAUUAGAGUCGGAAGGAUUCAGAGCGACAGGAAUGGUGUCGUUAGGAUUGAAGGAGGCAGGAUUCAAGAUGGUAGGAUUGAAGGAGGCAGGAUUCAAAGCGGUAGGAUUGAAACAGGUAGGAUUCAAAGCGAUAGGAUUGAAGGAGGCAGGAUUCAAGGCGGUAGGAUUGAAGGAGGCAGGAUUCAAGACGGUAGGAUUGAAGGAGGCAGGAUUCAAAGCGGUAGGAUUGAAGCAAGUAGGAUAGAAAGCGAUAGGAUUGAAGGCGGUAGGAUUCAAAGCGGUAGUAUUGAAGGAGGUAGGAUUCAAAGCGGUAGGAUUGAAGGAGGUAGGAUUCAAAACGUUGAAUAUCGAAGCCAAAGAAACUUUAGGAACAUGCAAUAUAAUUUAAAUAAUCAGCAGCAAGGUCCUCUGGCUUGCAAUCAGAACCAAAACUCGAAUUUACUACGUCCUCAAGAAAUAUACAAUAGCCAGGAUAGACCUAACCUAAUACGUUGGACUUAUCCAAUAAAUCAAAAUAGACAAGGGGCUUGGAACGGUCAAAUAAAUCGCAAUAACGAUAUGACUCAAUUAAUCUAUAGAAAUGAGACAAAUAUUGAACAAAGAGGUACGGUUCAAGUUACAUAUAGAAAUCGUGGAAUUAACGACGAAAUACAGCAAAAUGUAAACCAUCAAUGGCAGGGCAGUCGACCAAACAGGAAAAACGUAAACAUUUCACAGCAUCAAAGAAUUAACCACACUCAGGAAAUUUGGAAUACCCAUGUUAAUGGGAAUAUACCAAUAAACCAAAACAUUCAACAUGUCGGGAAUGUUCAAGGACCUCGCGAUAACGGCAUGCCACAAUUUGGCAACAAUAGUAAUUUUCAGGAAGGCGUAAGGAUCCAUGGCGGGUAUCAGAACUUCAGGAACAUGCAGUAUAAUUCGAGCACUCAGCAAGGUUAUCGACCUCCAGCGUAUGGUCAGACCCUAAACAGAAACCAAGCACAGUGGCAAGGAUUGUAAAUUAGCCAUGGAAUCGAAGCUACCUUUUACAUAACGAAUAUUUCAAGAGAUUGCGCUCACAUAUUAGAGGAACACAGAAUUACAGAAUAGAGACAAGUCACAAAUGCCAGAAUUAUUGUAAAGACAGGAAAUCCUAAAAUUAAGACAGUGGAAUUUUAAAAGGUUCAAAUCAAAUAAUACAUACAACGACAUUCAAAAGCAAGUUUAAAUGAAGUUAUAGCAGAACAACAAACAUAAUCUCAAAAUAUCCGCCCGUACUUCAAAAUGUAAAAAUAUAUAAAGUGCAUUAUUCUGGCCUCUAAAAAGAAAUCAUUUCUUAACCCGUCUGUGUAUUUUAAAUAUUUAAAUCGCAAGUUAAUGUUAAAACAAAAUAUAUGUAGUUUGUCCUUUGUUUUUCCAGCAAAGAUAGGAGUUUAUAAAAAGGAAAU